AUGGGCCUUGAACCACGGAAUUUUCAUGCAACAAAAGCAUCGUUAUGUCUUGAAACAUGUGGUGUUCAGGUUGUGCAGUUUCCAAAAAUGAUUUGGCCUACAAAUUACUUUAAAAUGGCAUGUGCGACCAUGUUUUCACUCUUUUGGGGAGGUGCAACAUGUGCUCCAUCGUGUUGGAUUCACGGUGUACAAGUACAGGAAUAUCUACAGUCUCAUUAUAUUAAUGCAAUGGUUGAAAUUGCAAAAGUAUUACAAGGAUUGACAAAUGUGGUGGGAUUUGGCACAAUGAAUGAACCGUCUUCUGGGUACUUGGGACUAAAAGAUUUGUCAAAGCAUUUUCAUCAUGGUGAACUCAAGUAUGACUUAGCACCUACACCGUUUCAAGGCAUGGCACUGGCUGAUGGCUAUCAGCAGAUUGUUGAACGCUGGUCAAAUGGUAUUAAUCAACAUGUGCUUGGACGACCCGAUGAGAUCGUGAAAGUGGAUCCGAAAGGAACUCGCGCUUGGCAGCAAGGACGACGCUGUAUUUGGAGGGAGGAAGGGGUCUGGGACGUUGAUAAGACAUCGGGAGAACCAGUGCUGCUGCGUCCAGACCACUUUGCAGAUAUCGUGUUUGGCCGAGAUUGCUACGUGCCUUUUGCAGCACGCUUCACUGAGCGCAUUCGCAGCAUCCUGCCUCACAUUUUGCUGUUCGUCGAGCUGCCACCGCUCGAGUUCAGCAUCGAUGCAUUCCCUAAGAUAGAUGAUGCCCUUAUCCCGCGUGCGGUAAAUGCGACGCACUGGUACGAUGGUGUCACGCUGUUUUUACGAGCCUGGCGCCCGUACUUUACCGUGGAUCCGAGGACGAAGCGUCCAGCAUUUGGCUCUACAGCUGUGCGCAGGAUGCAUAUGAAGCAACUGGAGGGUAUCAAGGCAUAUGGUAGUAAGCAGAUGAAUAACGCUCCAACGCUUAUUGGUGAGACAGGUAUCCCGUUUAACAUGCAUGGUGGUAAAGCCUAUCGAAAUGGAGAUUUUGCAGCACAGAUUGGAGCCCUAGACCACACGAUUUCGUGUCUAGAGGCUUCUAUGGUUUCUUUUACACUCUGGUGCUACACGUCUGACAACUGCAAUGACUUUGGCGAUCAGUGGAAUUUAGAAGACUUGAGCUUGAUCAGCAAAGAUAAGCUUGUCCGAUCUGAUGGACGGUUCACGGUGCCGGACCGAGAUGCCUGCGCGCGAGCGGCUCAAGCAUUUGUUCGUCCCUACGCCACACGUGUUGCUGGUACUCCUUUCAAAUCGGAGUUUGUGCUUGACUGCGUGCGCUACGAGCUGAAGUACAUGUCCGAUCCAAGCAAGUCCACUGACACUUCCAUGCACCCUACGGAGAUCUUUGUGCCGCAUUUGCAAUACUCUAAGGGCUACUCUGUCGAGACGUCUGAUGGCUGCUUCUCGUGUCAAUCGCAUGAUGGGUGGGACGUAGUGUCUUAUAUGCAUGAUCCAUCAAAGACAAGUCACUGGCUUUUGAUUACAUCGAAGGAUACAAGUAUUGAAAAGAGUCAUCGGGCACGCAUUUUUAAGAAAAGGAUGUUGAUCUCGUCACUUCUGGCACCCAGUGCCUAUAUAUUGUAUUUGAUUAUUGGAUAG